CCAAGUUCAGUGCUUAAUCAAGUAAUCUAAAAAUGGAACUUAAAUUUUUUCUUUAAUUGAAAACAUACUACAUGUUGAUAAGAACAUGCCCAACAUCAAUUAAUUUAGUGCUUUAUUUGAUUAAAAACUCAAGGAUUCACAAGUUGUCCUUUCUUUUCCUUUUUCUCUCUUUUUUUUUUCCCUAUUUUUCCUAAACACAUACACAUUUGUGCAAGCAAAUGGUAGGGUAUUAUGUUUUGCACUAAACAAGGCAAACCAUGUGAAAUAUUGCCAAUUUCUUCACCUGCUAUGUUUUCAUUCCUUCUUCUUACUUUUCUACUUAUCCAUAAUUGACAAAAAUUCUACACACACACACACACAUAUAUAUAUGAGCACAAACCCACAUACAACACUCACUCACUCAACUCAAAGUACCAUAACAAGUCCUUUCAAAUCCAGUUCAAAAGGCAAUUCAAAACAGGGGAUCUUUCUUUGUUGUAAAGCAUAGAGAUAUGGGAAUUCAUUUGACAGGAAUAGCAAAUGCAAAGCAAAAGUUACAAAGAACAUUCUCAGGGAAAUACGGGAUUGGAUCGGCGGUGACGACGAAUAAUGUUCCUAAAGGACAUUUUGCAGUUUAUGUAGGAGAAACACAGAAGAAGAGGUUUGUAGUUCCAAUAUGGUACCUGAAUCAUCCAUUGUUUAAGGAUUUGUUAAACCUUGCGGAAGAGGAAUUUGGAUUCGAUCAUCCAAUGGGUGGACUUACGAUUCCUUGCACCGAAGAUUACUUCAUCAGCUUAACUUCAGCCCUGAAUUGUUCAUAAACCCAUUUGGAAUUUCCAUUUUUCUUCUUCUUCUUCUUCUUCUUCAUCAUUUGCCCUAAUUUUAACAUUUUCUUGCUUCCAUUUUUUUUUUCUUGUUAGAGAAUUUGAAAUCAAGAGAUUCAAACUAAAGUUUGUCUCUGUGAAUUUUGUAUCAUUAUUGAUUGUUCUUCCUAAUCAUUACUAUUACUAUUAUUAUUAUUAUUACCCCUUUAAA